UGGCCCACCGGCGACCAAUCCGCGAUGGCCAAAUGUCGGUCUCGUUAUCCACGCACGUUCUAUCUCGCCCGUUGGCACGCCCAAGCACGACUGCGCCGCGACUGGGCAGUCGUCGUGGGGGAAAAGAGAGCGAGAUGUGUGAUUGGGGUGCGCACGGAAGGGUGUCGAAGGCCAAGGACGAGCGGAGAACGGGUGGCGGCGCGGACCAGCGAGCGCCCAAAGCGGAAGGAACGCACAGGCGCUGGGCGGGUAGCGUCCGAUCCAUCUCAGAUAAGAAUCGCCCCUGCGCUAUAUAACGCUCUCUUUGCGCCCCGACUGGACCCCAUCCUCUCAUCCCAUCCACCACAUCCACAUGUCGCAACAAGUUAACGUCGGAAUCAACGGUUUAGGUCGUAUCGGCCGUAUCGUCCUCCGUAAUGCCCUCCAGCACGGCAAGAUCAAUGUCGUCGCUGUGAACGACCCCUUCAUCGACCUCGAGUACAUGGUCUACAUGUUCAAGUACGACUCCGUCCACGGCCGCUUCAAGGGCCACGUCGAGGUCAAGGACGGCAAGCUCUGGGUCGAGGGCAAGCCCAUCACCGUCUUCCAGGAGAAGGACGCCGCCAACAUCCCCUGGGGCUCCGCUGGUGCCGACUACAUCGUCGAGUCCACCGGUGUCUUCACCACCACCGAAAAGGCCUCUGCCCACUUGAAGGGCGGUGCCAAGAAGGUCAUCAUCUCCGCCCCCUCCGCCGACGCGCCCAUGUUCGUCUGCGGUGUUAACCUGGACUCGUACGACCCCAAGUACACUGUCAUCUCGAACGCGUCGUGCACGACCAACUGCCUGGCGCCGCUCGCCAAGGUCAUCAACGACAAGUUCGGCAUCGUCGAGGGCCUCAUGACGACCGUGCACGCGACGACCGCGACGCAGCGCACCGUCGACGGGCCCUCGCACAAGGACUGGCGCGGCGGCCGUGCCGUCGGCAACAACAUCAUCCCGUCCUCCACUGGGGCCGCGAAGGCGGUCGGGAAGGUCAUCCCCGCGCUGAACGGGAAGCUCACUGGGCUCGCGUUCCGCGUGCCGACGAUCGACGUGUCGGUGGUCGACCUCGUGGUGCGCCUGGAGAAGUCCGCGUCGUACGAGGAGAUCAAGGCGGCGGUGAAGGAGGCGGCGGCGGGCCCGCUGAAGGGCAUCCUCGAGUACACGGACGAGAAGGUGGUGUCGACGGACUUCACGGGGAGCACGUCGAGCUCGAUCUUCGACGCGGAGGCGGGCAUCGCGCUCAACCAGAACUUCGUCAAGCUCAUCUCGUGGUACGACAACGAGUGGGGCUACUCGCGCCGCGUGUGCGACCUGCUCGCGUACGCCGCCGAGAAGGACGGCGUGCUCAAGGCUUGAGUUAGCGCGAGGUAAUGGAACGAAGAAGUAGCUCGAGUUUGUAGUAUGACGCUGUGGAACGUGUACGUGUACCAGUACCUGUCCUCCGCUGCGUGCGAUAUGUGUAUUCCUACAACGCAAUCAUUAGACGUCUCGGAUUGU